GUUGGUACGACGGUCAGAGUUUCUCCGGAUCCUCAAUCAGAAUCACUCCAAAUUCUCGUCAGUGAUGAUGACCUGCGGCCUGGAAUGCCACCGGCUACUUACCAAUACAUUCUGACGGGUCCAGGUGCAACCAUCUUCGCGGUUGACCAACGAGGUUUCCUCUACUUGAAUGCUCUCACUAUCGAUGCCGAUCCACCCAAUCCGUCGUCAUAUCAACUGAAUGUCCAAGCACGAGAAGUGGAUACUAUACCGAUUCGAAGUAGCAAGCCGGUGACGAUCAACAUUAACGUGAUCGAUGUCAACGACAAUGCACCACAAUUCGAGCAACCUAUCUAUACUGUCAACGUUUCCACUUUUGGUGACGAAAGGCCAGUCGUAAAGGUAUUGGCGACGGAUACUGAUUCGGGCACCUAUGGGCUUAUCUCCUACAGGAUCGUGCAGGUGACCAAUGGAGCCGAAGGGCAGUUCAGCUAUGACGAGUCCACCAACACCCUGUACGUCGAUGGUGAUCUUACACCCGGAGAACGAUAUCAGGUGGUCAUCGAAGCUACUGACGGUGGUGGCAAGUCAUCUCAAGCAAUCGUAGUCGUCUUGGCUACUCAUUCUGUAUUCGGUUUGGCCAGCCUAGCUCCACUGCCUGGCAUGGAGACGUUCGUUCCCAAUCCAUCUGCAUUAGGUGCAACACAGGCCACAAUCACCAGUGCAGAAGAGGAAGAGACGAUACAGACGUUCGUUACGGAAGUUGCUGAGAACACACCUAUCAACACCUUGGUGGUGUCCCUCGGAGGUGAUUCUCCGAAUGACGAUGUUUACUACACGAUUGCCGGUGGUAACAAUGAAGGCAAAUUCACCAUCAAUGAAAAGACGGGUACGAUCACUACCAUCGCCGAAUUUGAUCGAGAACGAACAGCAAUGUACUCACUGCAAAUUGACACUCGAAGUCGACAUCCUGAUCAGCAUCUCUAUUGGACUCUCGUUCAAAUCAGUGUUCUGGAUGUCAACGACAACUCACCUCAAUUCGUUGGUGACCAACCUAUUCGUCUUAGGCUAAGCAUAGAUAACAUCGACCAACUAACUCCAAAUAUGGUCAUUGGUAAACUAGUCGUUGAAGAUCCAGAUGCGGACGAUAAUGGACGUCUGGAACUGCGAGUUGCACCGGACAUGAACAAACUAUUCACUGUUUCGAAUGAUGGCGUAGUGUCGGUCAACGGCAAUUUUACGGCUGCUCACUUCGGCGAGCAUCGAAUGUUCGUUGUUGCAAGGGAUCAUGGCGAUCCUCCAAGAGAAACGAUGGCCGAAGUGAUCGUGAGCAUUUUCGGUACGCUGAUCACCAUGGCUACUGAAUCGCCAACGAGUGAGAUGUUCGAGUACACCAGUUCGGCAGAAGAGGAAACGCCCACACAUCCAGACUACUACUAUCAGUCAAUCACGACCGUACCUUCUAACGUGCACUGUGAGUUCAGCAAUUCGUUGGCCCAAUCACGUGAGACAUCACCUUCGCCUCGACCUCUUCGCCUGGCACCCGUCUUCAACCCUCCACAAAUCACAGUCACCGUUGAUGAAAACGAAUCUGAUGUCGAGAUUGCAAAGGUGCAUGCCUCUUACCCUGAUGGAGGUACGGGAACCAUCUCCUACAUGCUCCACAAGGGAGAUCCCACAUUGUUUGCUGUUUCGUCAUAUUCUGGAUCAGUGACGUUACUUCGCCCACUCGAUGCCGAAGUCGACACUUCCUACAUGAUCCAGAUAUCGACAGCUGAGGCCGCAGGAUUGGCUGUUGACCCUACAAUGGCUCAUUUUGUCUCGUUAACUGUAAAUGUGGGAGAUGUGAACGAUUGGAUUCCCAACUUUGAAAGUUCCAAUUACAAUUUCAUUGUUCAAGAGGAUACCAUGCCUGGAACGAUCAUUGGUCAAGUAUCUGCUUUCGAUCAGGACAAGUCGGAUCCAAACAACAGAAUACGGUAUCGUUUGGUGAGCGCCGGUGGACUGGAAAACUAUUUUGCUGUGAAUGGAGAGACUGGACUCAUUACACUUGCUCUUCAAGUUGACGCAUUUGCUGGGGAAAAGAUUACGGUAAAUCUAUCCUCAAUAUUGCAGGUGAUUCCAAACGGUAGUCCAUUCUCAAGUUUGCCAUCAGAAGGAACAUUACAGUUCAGUCUCAGGAACUACACCGCUUCUGUUUCGGAAUCCGUUCGUCCACCGUACCUUGUGCAGGUGUUGUCAGUGAAUAACAAGCCAGCUGACACGAGAUUUGUUUCAUGCAAUAUCACCAGCGGAAACUAUCGUGGAGCCUUCAGCGUUACUGCAGGAAUUGAUGGCAACUGUGAAUUGCGAACACAAAUGGAAUUGGAUAGAGAAACUGUGGAACGGUAUCUUCUCAACGUUACUGUAACUGCCGGAACAGAAACCGAUUUUGCAUUGGUAUCUAUUACCGUACUCGACGUCAAUGACAAUGUUCCACGGUUCAUCUAUGACAAUGACCUCGCUUUCACAAGGGUGUUGACAGUGAAGGCUGAAGACCCUGACCUCGGCAAUAGCAGUGUAGUGCAUUACGCCCUCGAUCCGUUAUCGUUACAUUCAAAGUACUUCACUGUAAGUCCGGCUGGUGAGAUCAGUACCAAACAGAGUAUGUCGCAGCUGCUACAGAAGAGCCGCAUCAGCUAUUUUGAGCUGCGGGUAUCCGCAUGUGAUUCUCCGGUCGCUGGCCAGCAGUUAUGUUCUAAAGCUGACAUUGUCAUCAACGUUAUCACCGAAGCUCAUCGGUUCCGAAUGAUCACCAGUGGCUUGAACCCUCAACAGCUCAGAGCUCACGAACAGGACAUGAUCAAAACUGUCAGGCAGUUCACCAGCAGUUGCACUCUGCUCAGCAUCGAAAGCAUGAUUGAGCAGCCUUCCACCGAUAAUCAGAUACGAACUGAUGUAUACUGGUAUGCCGUGAAUCCAAGUACGAAGAAAAUCUGUAAGAAACCGGAAUACAGGAAACUUUUCGAACCCUCAUCAGUAGCCAUGGUGGCAGGGAAAGUGCAGCCCUGGUUCCGUCUGGAAAAUAUUGAUGAAGAUGUUAACGAGGACAGUGUCAGUACAGCAGGAAUAUUGCCAAGUAACUGGAAAACUGCUAGCAUUCUACUGGUUGGUCUAGCCGUUCUCAUAGCGAUUGGCGCUGUUGUUGGAAUCUGCGCGGUCUGUGUGUUUUGGAGUCGUUUCAAGGUCUCUCAGCAUAGUGUACAUUCUUUUAAUCCACAUGGUUAUCCACAAAAAUUGGGUACCGUAUAUUUACCAAACGCCUCGAACGAUCCACGAUUAGACAAGAUUUAUGAAACGCAGAUAUUGGAAAUGCCAAUAUCUGACGAGGAUAUGACGAUGAAGAGUAAUUCGUUGGGAGGUGGUCGAUUGGCAAACAGUUAUGGUAAUUAUGGCAGGCAAGGAAGCAUCGCUUACGAGGGUGACUUCAGCAUUGAAGAGAACAUGUACGCUCUCAACGUUCCCGGCCGGAUCGAUCCUGUCACGAAGAGGGUUCAAAACGUCGUGAUUCCUGCACCCGAUUACCCCAGAUCCUUUCGCAAUGCCGGAUCACAUCACAACAAAAGCCUCUUAUAG